GAAUCAUCAAGUUUUAGAAUAAAUUGUGAGUGACAGUCAUAACAUGUUUACAGUAAUUCUACAACGCAACGAAGGGGCGCUCGCUUCUUCUAUAUUUCACAAUUCUUAUCCACCCCGUACUUUAUAUAAUAACUAGCGAGCGUGGUAGCCAUGUCUGAGGUCAAUGUCGGAGACGCCUGCUCUCAGGAGAAAUUCCAAAGCGGAGACCCAAGCAGGCUGAUCCGUAAACGCACAGUCCUGAAUCUGGACAAUAACGGCAAGACGCUGACGAAGAGCCCCUCAGACACGCUGGUGGAGGUCAAGUCGUGCGAGAAGCUGGUAGACAAGGACAGCGGGAUCUCCAUGUCUGAGACGAUAAGCCCAGACGACGGUUGUAUCCCACCCAGAACAGUCAAAGCUAACCAUCGUCUUACCUUGGAGGGAGUUCCCGCCUUCGAGUUCGCCAUCUUGGAUCGUGAGAGGGAGAGAGAGAGGGAGCGGAAAAACAUCAACAUUCGAGCUGUAAAGAACGUGUACAAUCUGGACUAAACCAUGGGUUGAAGAUGCUCAGAUACUAGUAUGGCUGGUGGUACCAAACUAGAACUCCGCCAUAAGUUAUCACCUUUACUAUCGUGAAAUCCAUGGUAUAAAAAUACGCAAGAACCUAGAUGGGCAUUUUGCAAUGUCUUUGUACUGCACUGAUGUACCAAAUAAAAUCGUUUGAAAGAUCUAGA